GUUUCAUUCCCACGGCAGUCUCUGUCUGUGGUCGAAGUUUGCCCCAGGUGCAGAGGCGCCCGACGGACUGAAGCCAGCGUCUCGGGGCGAGUUCUCGGGGCGAGUUGGUCCAUUGUGCCGCCCGCUCGAGGACCCUCUCCUUCGCGGGUGCCCCCAUUCGGCUUUCAUGGCGACCCUCCAGGCCUCGUGGGCGAGUGGGCUCCGCUCGCGGAGGCAGAUCGAACGAGGGUUCCCCACACUCGGACGAGACCCCGGGGUCUGGGAUCCUGGCGUAUUUUGGUCAGCCGUCGAGCCAGGCCAGCCAGGAGUUGAACACCUCGGCACAAUUUCCCCGACAACCAGCUCCAAGGCAGCGGGCCAGCGAGCAUCCUCGGUCACUUUCGCCGCCGAUUGCCUAAAGUGUCGGCCUCGUCGCCGAGGUCGAGGCUGUCCUCCCAGGGAACUGCAUCGUGAAGCUCAGUCUGCAGACUUUUGAUGGCCUCAGUGACGAUGAGAAUCUCGAAGAUGGGCCAAAAAAAAUGCCCGGGUUGGGACAAAGGAGCUGCCGACUGGUGCCCGGUCCUGCGUGUUGUUUGCGUGCCUCCUCGCCUCCCCACGGUCUGUAAUUCUGGGAGGUGGCAUCCCUGCUAGACUUUUUGACCUCGGCUCACGAAUCAGAAGGGCAGCAAAUCGGCUUAGUGCUACCCUCCCCCCAAUGGAACCUGGCAAGUCUGGGGUAAGACCCAACCAAGCAACAGCCGGUGCUCAAGCCGUUGACUGCCAUAUCAACCUGGCGCAUUCCAAUCCUCCCUACUUCUCUCCUUCAACAUCUUCUAUUCCCCUUCUACCCUCCUCCCGUUUCCUCCCAUCUUCGGCGUCUUCUUUGUUCCUCUACCCAUCAAACAAUCUAGAAGGACCUCUCACAAUGGCACCAAGAGUCAUCGUUGUAGGCGGCGGCUUGUCCGGGCUGAGCGCUGCGCAUACCAUUUACCUCGCCGGUGGAAAUGUUGUCGUUCUUGACAAGCAGGGCUUCUUCGGAGGCAACUCGACCAAGGCCACCUCCGGCAUCAACGGUGCCUUGACCAGGACGCAGGUCGACACCAAGAUUCAAGACAGCGUCAAGCAGUUUUACGAUGACACACUUAAGUCUGCCAGAGACAAGGCAAGGCCGGACCUGAUCAAGGUCCUGACCUACAAGUCCGCGGCUGCCGUCGAGUGGCUGCAGGAUGUCUUCAACCUUGACCUGACUCUCGUUUCGCGGUUAGGUGGUCACUCCCAGCCACGAACACAUCGCGGUCACGACGCAAAAUUCCCCGGCAUGGCCAUCACAUACGCCCUCAUGCAGAGACUUGAGGAGCUUGCCGAGACCGAGCCUGACAGGGUAGAGAUCAUCAAGAAGGCCCGCGUUACAAGCCUCAACAAGGAUGGGAACACUGUCACUGGUGUGAAGUUUGAGCUCAACGGCGAGGAACAGUCCUUGGAUGGCCCCGUCGUGCUUGCGACCGGUGGUUACGCCGCUGACUUCAGUGAGACUUCGUUGCUGAAGAAGCACAGGCCAGACACAUACGGUCUUGCCACCACCAACGGCACCCACGCCACCGGUGACGGUCAGAAGAUGGUCAUGGCCAUCGGUGGAAACGGCAUCGACAUGGACAAGGUUCAGGUGCACCCUACUGGUCUCGUUGACCCCAAGGACCCCGGCUCCAAGUGGAAGUUCCUCGCUGCCGAGGCUCUGCGUGGAGAGGGUGGUCUCCUGAUCAACGGUGACGGAGACCGUUUCUGUGACGAGCUUGGUCACAGAGACUACGUCUCCGGCAUGAUGUGGAAGGAAAAGGAUAAGGGCAAGUUCCCUAUCCGCCUCAUCCUCAACUCCAAGGCAUCCAAUGUGCUGGACUUCCACACUCGCCACUACUCUGGCCGUGGUCUGAUGAAGAAGAUGACCGGAAAGGAGCUGGCCAAGGAGAUUGGCUGCUCUCCAGACCACCUGCAAAAGACCUUUACAACAUACAACGCCAUUGCAGACGGCAAGCAGAAGGACCCCUGGGGCAAGAAGUUCUUCCACAACGGCCCCGUGGACAUCAACGAUGACUUCCACGUUGCCCUGAUGGAGCCCGUCCUGCACUUCACCAUGGGUGGUAUCGAGAUCAACGACAAGGCCCAGGUGCUCAACUCGGAGCAGAAGCCUUUCGAUGGUCUCUUUGCAUGUGGUGAGCUUGCCGGUGGUGUCCACGGCGCCAACCGACUGGGCGGCUCUUCCCUUCUCGGAUGUGUCGUAUACGGCCGUGUAGCUGGCGACACCGCAAGCAACUACCUCUUCCAACAGGCUCUCAAGGGCGCAGCAGGAGGCGGCCCCGGCGCUCGUCUGGGCCAGAUCUCCCUCCACCUGGACCCUGCCGCUGGCAAGGUCACUCUCGACUGGGGUUCCGGCGGCGCUUCCUCCGGGGCCCUGACCUCGCAGCCCAGCACUUCUGCCACGGGGCCUUCACCCCAGGCUGAAUCAGGCAAGGCUGCUUCCAAGCCCAACAACCCCAAGGAAUUCAAGAUUCCUGAGAAGGAGUUCACGAUGGAGGAGGUCGCCAAGCACAACAAGAAGGACGACCUGUGGGUUGUCGUGAAGGGUGUCGUCAUGGACCUCACCAACUGGCUCGAUGAGCACCCCGGCGGCCCUCAGGCCAUCAUGAACUUCAUGGGACGUGACGCCACGGAGGAGUUCGAGAUGCUGCACGACGACGAGGUCAUCCCUAAGUACGCACCACAGCAGGUCAUCGGCAGGGUGAAGGGGCAGACACCGAGCCUAGAGCUAUAAAUAUCAGCCUCGGUGGUUUAUGAAAAGAAACAAAUUAGUCACUGCAUUACCAAUCGACUCAUGAGAGUGUGGGGGACAAGGGGAAUCAGCUGAGGCGAUUAUACUGCCGGCCUCCAGACGUGAGAGGAAACGGUGCGUACGCACGCAUGUGCAAGUAGACCAGCAUUGGCGGUGUGCAAGAAGGGCGCAUGCAGGGAACUUUUGGGUACCACGAAGUGGCGUAGCCCGUAUCUGAAUGACGAGUGAAUGUGCGACGGAAUGUUUCGACCAAACCAAAAAUAUGUUCGAUCUAGGCUGAAGGACCAAGGGGUCUUUUCUUAGUGUUAUAUAUCUGUUGUAUAGCCGCUGUGUUCACAUACUAUAUGCAUCUCCAACACCCAAGUGCUUUGCGUAUGUGCCAGCAGCAUUGCCGCUGACGCCGGUAAACCCAGAGGAUAAUCGAGCACGAUGUGUCUCUGUCUCACCUCCGCGACCAUUGCAGCUGAGAGGGCGACGUAGCCCCGGCUGUCUGUCUACUCCCGAUGUCUACACUACACUACAACAAACGAGGACAUCUGGAGGAUUCCGGGCGGAUAUCCGCCGUCUCUCUCUCGAAAUUCCCGACUGGUCUCACCACUCAGGCACACAACCCGGAAUCCCAUCACCGAGACGCCCGGGUGGGUUAUCGCGAUGCCACCUGGUGGGCCAGGUCACAUUCCGAACAGUGCUUACUGUACUCACACGUGGGUGGGCGGCAAAGUGGGCAGAGGUGACUGGUUGGCUGGCUGCUCACUCUUGCACGGCACACACACAUAAAUACAUACAUACACACUGAAAUGUUGGAUGAGCCAUUAUGACACGGCCACGGCGGGGGCCUUUUUUUCGUUUCUUUUUUCACGGGUAUGUCUGCACGGGCGGCGGUUGCCCAUCCACCAGAACCGAGGCAAUCGUUAGAAAUCGGUGCGGGCCGUGGAGGACUUGACCUCUGUAGGCUUCGUGCAUAGGUAGAUAGACACAAUGGGCAUAGGCGUGGGGCAUGGGCAUUAGCAUGGGCAUGGCAUGGCAAAUCCCACCAUGCGACCUGCAUGUCUCAGCUGGCUCGUUUAAUUUCCAUAGGGCACAGCCGAGUGCGGCUGGUGUGGGUGAGUAAGUGAGUGUGCGUGCAACACAGUAUUUCUCUGGCUUUCUUUUUCUCUGCUUUUUCCACUGUAUUUCGACUCCUCGUAGUGCAGAGGCAACGUGGCAGGCAGGC